AUGUACGAAUUAUAUAGCUACAGAUCAGCAUCGAUUUAUUUACUGCACGAUCGACUACCUCCACUUGCCUGCCCACUUGCCUGCCCCCCGUCUCGCGUCCACUUGGCCUCGAGCUCAGUGCCUGUCACAACCAUUGGUACAAAAAAAAUCCGCCUCUCCAGCCAAUCCACAUCCUCCACCGCCAUGCAAUGCAAUAUGCAACAACACAGCUACAUGCACGCAAGCCUUGCACCAUGGACCAUGGCCUUUCUCUUCCAACAUCUCAAUCCAUCCUGGUCCAUCCCACCCACGCGGACUCUCACUUCUCUUCUAGCUUCGAGCCCAACUCCAUCGUCGGUGACUAAGAAGAGCAACCGCCUCCGUCCAAACUCCCAACCCAACCGCCACCUUCAGCUUGUUGGUGCGAAAUGCCAUCAAGUCUUGCGCAAUUCUUCCUUUCGGCAAGAGGAGGCCUUUUUGUUCCUCCCGAGCCAGCCGAUUAUGUAUCUGCACCCUGCUGACUCCCUGACACCCGGCUCCUCUCCCGACAGCAGCGGGCCAGCGGUGCAGCCCAAGACAUGGCUUGCAGCCUCCAGCCUGCGUCUCGCAAACUAUUCCAUGUCCAAUCAACUUCUCUCUCGCCUUACCAGUCGCAUCAAUGGCAUGUUUCACUUCUCAUUUCAGCAGAAGAGCACACGACCACCUGCCUUACUGGUACACCAGCCCCGGCGCCUCGUUCAUUGUAGCACCUGGCAUGCAAUAGCUCACCAGCGUAGCGGCUCUCUCCAUGACCACAGUGCAAUCGGCAAUAUUUCGCAAUCUGUCCCCUCGCUCUCCAACCACUGCGCUUGUGUCGUUUCCGUUUCAGACCUCCCUCUUGCAAAUCUGCGGUGGCGCCUAAUAAUAAUACCAGUGGUCCAGUGGGCCUGCACAAAACGUGCCAGGCCUGCCAACACUUCCAUCGACCGGCCAAUGGCACCACCGCCAGAUGCUCUCCCCAUUUCAAAGCUCCUCCUUUGCAAAGCCGGUCCAGUCUGGUUACGCCACAACUGCAGGGAAUUGCUUGCGGUCCUUGGUCACGCGAGUCUGUGUGCUCACUGCCUGCCUCGUUUCCUGCGGGUCUCAGUCUAUCAAACAAUAAACGACCAUCUGAACAAGUCCCAAAGCAUGAACAAACUGGUAGGACAGCCUGUCGCAAAACCGACGCCGCCUCUUGUUAUGUAUGGUGCGCAUUAUCGAUCGCUGCACGCUUGCGUCGGCACUUACAUCGAUAUGUGUACCCCAGACGGACGACUUUUGCCGCAAUUGAUCGGCAAGACAACCACCAUGCCAACGUCGCCAACGUUGCCCCCCACCACCUUUCUCGCAUUUACGCCAGAAACGGUCAUUACAUCACGCCUCGCAGAUGUUCUUGCAGCGGUGAGCCCAUUUCACACGACCAAUUUGAAAUACCACAGGUUCAAGGAGAGAAUGGGAGAAAAGAGCCAGGAAAGAAGGGUGGAAAUGCGUGACAAAACAACUCACGAUGAAGACAAGCCCGCCCCCAACAACCACAGCCACCGACUUUGCAAAGAAAAAUUAUCUGAUGAUAUCCACUACAACGUCCUCACGAUAAGCAAAACCAGGAAACAGUCCUCCGGUUGUUCUCCAAACUGGCUCGGCGGGUCUCGCCAUAUAUAUAUAUAUUGUAUCCUGUCCGGGUCCAACGCCCAACGACUUGCCACACCCCCUCCAAAGGCGUCUCAAAAAGAAGAGAUUACAAGCCGCUCUUCCGUGUGA